GGUCACACUAAUACCCACGUGCGUUUUGUUUGGCCUCCGCCGGCACUGAAUUCAUUAUAACUCUCCGGAAAUUUUAAGGAUUCCCCUUUGCCCAGGAUAUCGGCGACUAUAGAAACAUGGUCUUCUUUACGUGCAACAUCUGUGGAGAGUCGGUGAAGAAGCCGGCGGUGGAGAAGCACUACCAGACACGCUGUCGCGGCAAGAACAAGAACGUGUCCUGCAUGGACUGCCUGAAGGACUUCUACGGCGAGGAUUACGUGGCGCACAUCAAGUGCAUCUCGGAGGCGCAAAAGUACUCCAGCCAGAGCCAGGAAUUCACCCCCAAGGAGUCCCGCAACAAGAACGCCCAGAAGCAGGAGAACUGGAUGGACAUCAUACGUGCGAUCCUCGAUAGUAGCGAAUACAAAAUGACGCCUGACUUGCGAUCCGCCUUCCAGAAGCUCCAGAGCGUCGACAAUGUGCCGCGCAAGAAGGCCAAGUUCGAGAACUUCGUGGGCAACUGCAUGAGGAUGUCCCGCCAUCAGGCCAGCCAGGUGUGGGAUAUUCUCGAGAAGGAGAUCAACAAGAUGAAGGAGGCCAAGCAGGCGGAGCUGGCCAGGAUCAAGGAGGAAAAGAUAGCGGCACUGCAGCAGCAGCAGAAGGAGGAGGCCGAGUCCGAGGAGGCGCCGCCGAAAAAGAAGUCCAAGCAGGAGGCCGCUGAGGAAGCCGCACCCGAAGAGACCUCCAAUGGCGUAUCUGGCGACUUUGAUUGGCCCGCCCAGCUAACCAAGAUCGUUGGCAAGCAGGCUGAUGGCAUUUUCCUCGAAAAACUACGCAAGAAGCUGCUCAAGAAGUACGCCAAGCAUCUGUCUGUCGAGGAUUUGACCGAAAAGCAGGCCAAGAAGUUCCAGAAACGCUUCGACAAGCAACUCAAGCUAGCCGACUCACUGCAAGUAGAAGGCGAUCUGGUCAAGAUCGCUAGCUAGCUGACCGUCCCACCUUUAGUCAUAGUUAAGUUAUAGCACAGGACAAUAAACGUGUAAGCUGCAA